CGAGAGCUUUAUAAUCCAGCAGCGAUGGUGGAGGGGAAACCGUACAGGUACGGCCUGAUAGCGGCGGGGCUGUGCGUGGCGUCACUCGGCCUCUUCAUCAUGUCUCAGGAGCGACCGCACGUCUACGCCACUGUAUGCGUCCUGGGCGUCAGCAUGGUGUGUUUGGGGACUGUGUGGAGCCUGUGCCAGUGCUAUCCGAAGGUCAUUCUGGCUCCUGAGAAUCAGGAGAAAAGUGGACAGGAUCUAGUGUGCACUGCAGCUGGAGCAAAAGACGAAAGGCAUGCAGAGGCUCUGCCAGGUUCCUCUGGCCAAAAGUGGAGUAGCAGCAGACUUCUUCCUGAAGCUCAGACGAGCCGGUGUCACAGCUGUCCCACGCUGCACCUGAUCUGAGGGGAGGGACGCCAUCAUCAGAGGAGCGGUCCGAUCAGAACACUCAGGACGGGACAGUGUUUUACUAAAUGACAGCGUCACUCUCACAUGAGGCUGUUUGAAUGUGACUGAUCGACGGCUGUACAAAACUCCACAGAGUACCAGUGCUGAGACAAUGAAGCUGAAUAUACAGUAUUUUGCAUAUUAGUUCCAGAAGAUGGCACUAUUUACUAUAUGAAAGAGUAUGAAUGUGUGUGUUUGUGUGUGUCUGUGUGUGGCGGACACUCCAUUGACCUGCAUUUUAAUUAAACAGGACCUCUUCUGAGUUACAACCAGCUUUUUUGUAUCACUACGAUGUUGUAGUUUAUGUGAAUAAACGAUAUAUUAACUUCU